AUGUACGUUUUCGCAUGGUUAAAUCGUAUUUUGAAAAUUUUGGGAAUAAAGGUAUUUCUCCAGCCAAGUGUAAAAGCCGGCACUGCAGCGACAAAAUUCGUACGCGUCUUUUUCACUCCAUGUCACAAGGAGAAAUUGCACGACUUCUCUCAGAGGCCUGCUCCCCUUCUUCGAAGCAUCUUACACAAGUCGGCACUGGCAGCCACCCUAAGUCAACCUCUGCGCGCGAUCAGGGCUACCACAGCAAGCACGGCUGCAAUCUUUUUGCAGAUAAACGAUGCAAUGCAUCUUGUUGUCCAUUCGAUCGGUGCUGUGGCAGGUAUCUUUGAGGGCAUUUUUCUCAGUGUUCGAGUGUGCACAAGCAAUGUGACAGUCAUGCUGUCACUCAUCAGCUUAAUCGUCAAAGUUCUUGCCAUGGUUCAGAAUUUCUUCUCAGUUCUCAUAUUCGCCCUUUCAUACAUCAGCACCGGUCUUGCGAAACUGAAACAGCCACAAGCAUGA